AUGCCGCCGAAGUCUCGUUCGAGGUCGAAGUCCAAGUCGAAGUCCAAAAAGGCGCCGCCCCCUCCGCCGCCCGUAAUCCUGUACGCCUCGAACCAUGAGGAGUUUGACGCGGUGGUGCUGCAGCACAAUGGUGGCUGCCUGGUUGCCGUUGUGACGCCUUUUUGCAAUCGCUGCUCACGAACCAUCAUGCCGUAUUUGGAGAAGCUGAAUUCGGAACGGCCGAGUCUAUUGUCGACGCUAAACAUUGUGGUGGUCAACGCCGGCGAUGAGACGGGGGAUUUGUGUCGUUCACUAGAAGUUGUGGCUAUCCCCACCUUUUUUGCCUACUCCUAUGGAAAACAGAUUCAUGCCUUCUCCGGGGAUAACGUAGAGAAGAUACUGUUGCUUGCAAAGCUGGCAGCGCAGCAGGCCGAAGAGGACAAAAAAGCAAUGGAAGAAGCCGCAGCCGCAGCCGCAGCCGCAGAAGUCGAAACAGAAGCAGCAACCGCACAAAAUUAA